AUGGCGACCAUGAUCUUCUCCAGGGUCAUUCCCAAAACCCAAACCCUAACUUCCCUCAUCUCUCGCUCACUCUCCACCACUACCACAACCACCGUUCCCUCUUCCUCCGCUAUCGCUCUCCUUCGCCGACUCCGUCCUCUUUCCGCUGCUUCCGUCACCUCCCGCGGUGUCCUCUUUCUCCCUAACUCCUUCCGCUCGUUCUCCACACGCGCUACCACCUCCUCACUCAACGACCCCAACCCUAACUGGUCCAACCGUCCCCCAAAGGAAACCAUCUUGCUCGAUGGAUGCGAUUUCGAGCACUGGCUUGUGGUUAUGGAGAAGCCUGAAGGUGAUCCCACAAGAGAUGAAAUUAUUGAUAGCUACAUCAAAACACUGGCGCAGGUUAUUGGUGGAAGUGAGGAAGAAGCAAGGAUGAAGAUAUAUUCUGUUUCAACUAGACACUAUUUUGCUUUUGGGGCUCUUGUAUCUGAAGAGCUUUCCUACAAACUUAAAGAACUUCCCAAAGUUCGAUGGGUUCUACCUGAUUCAUAUUUGAAUGUGAAGGAGAAAGAUUAUGGAGGUGAGCCCUUUAUUAAUGGGCAAGCUGUUCCUUAUGAUCCCAAGUACCAUGAAGAGUGGGUUAGGAACAAUGCCCGUGCAAAUGAAAGGAACAGGCGCAAUGACAGACCUCGUAAUGCUGACAGGUCAAGAAACUUUGACAGAAGAAGGGAAAAUGUGGUGAACAGAGAUAUGCAGACUAGGCCUCCAGUGCAGAAUCCUGGGCCUAAUAUGGCUGGUCCACCUCACAAUGCGGGUGGAUUCCCUCCCAACAAUGCGGGUGGAUUCCCUCCCAACAAUGCUGGUGGGUACCCUCCUAACAAUGCUGGCGGAUAUGCUCCAGCCCCUCCUAGUAAUCAAGGUGGAUACGCCCCUCCAAAUGCAGGCGGAUAUGCUCCAGCCCCUCCUAGCAAUCAAGGUGGAUACGCACCUCCAAAUGCAGGCGGAUAUGCUCCUAACAACACAACUGGCGGUUACCCUCCUCCCAAUAUGGGCGGGCCUCCUCCUAACAUGGGCAGACCCCCUCCUCCUCCUAACAGUGGAUAUGGUAUGCCUCAAAAUAACUACCCUGGCAACAAUGGAGGCGUGCAACAAAACCAGAACAUGGGAGGGUUGCCUCCAAAUGCAGGAUGGGCAAAUAAUCGAUAG